CUCAUUGCAAACCCUAAUCGAAUCAGCUCAAUAUGAAGGCGUUCGGCAUUCGUGCCUUGAUGUCAAUGCUCAUAUGAAGCUAGAAAAACAGACACCGCGCCAAUACUGUAAGGAGAGAGAAGAGUCUUGAUCACAAGAUUGGUUUGAUUCAGCCUGCUACGUGCAUCGUGACAACUCUUUGAUGUAUUGAGCGUUGGAAGAUCUUCUUUGACACUUCGUCGAUACUGGAAGAGGCUUCUUUGCAGUUGAACUUUCGCAUCCUUGCCAGCUAUAAUCUAGUUUCAGGAGGUGCUGCAAAAGACUGUGGAGUAUCAAGUGGUCAGCUUGGCUUGCGUUGAGGCUUAACAUCAUCUGUGAUUGCUCGUCAGCUUUUCAAGCUCACGACAGCGCAGCUCAGGAAUCAGUAUAAUAUCAGUCAAGGCACAAACGUGCUUGUAUGGAUUAAAAGGCUUGAGGCAGAACUUCGUCUUGCUUUGCCACAAAUCUGCAAUCAAUCAUAGCAUACCUCCUAGUCGAGUUUGAUAGGUCUUUGGUGUCAGCAGGAAAGCACAGCAACCCCCUGCACUGCUUGGCACGUUCUGGAGCUCCUUGCCAAUGGCAACAAGGCGUCCACAGCCUGGUGCAAACGUAGCUAAGCUCGUGCAGCGAAAUGACUACUAUGCAGCACAAGAAGCGCACGCUGAAGACUUAUCGAAGGCCAACCAAGUAGCCGGAUGGCACGAAAGAAAAUUCAAGGUUGGAACACAGACCUCAGCUCACUCGAAGGACAACGAUUUGUCAGAAAACGCCACAAAUGAAAUCGCAAUGGAGCUGAGGUCCGCGGAUAAGCAAGUGAAGAUGCAGCGGCGCGCGAGGCUGCUCGAGCUUUUCAGAAGAGAAGCGCUACAAUAUGAAGCCGAGCUGAACGCGCGAGGCUUAGCGAUUCUUAAGGACAGAUUGUGAGAAGGCCUCAAUUGUUGACAGGAAGCGCAGCCCUCGCUCUUCCACAUUAGACGUGACUCGUCAUCAUCCUGUCAUCAUAGAAGGCCAGAAACGUUGGUGAAGAGGCAAGUAGGUGUGUCCAAGCCCUGCAGGCGCACACGCUUCUCGAGUCGGUCAUGAAAGGCUCCAGUGCACCAAUCAGGGUCGGAGAUACUUCUUUUCAACCUAGAUAUCACCGUCUGAUUGAGAAACAAAAUGUCUAUUGUUUUGAGAAUAUCGCUGCGUCCCGC